UGGAACAGGGAAUGCGUCCAGCUCGAGGUCCCCGCAAAUUCGCUCGCCAUGGCGAUGGAAGACAUUCUCCUCUGCUGCCUGCUCAUGAUCGUGGCCGUGCUCGUGGCGUACCUCGCGAAGAAGCACCAGUUCAUCUACUUGACGGAAUCAGCCGCCGCGAUGAUUCUCGGCAUUCUAUUCGGAGGAUUGUCCAAGCUCUUCUUCGAUGGCGGAAAUCUCACGUUUGAUAAUCAGGCUUUCUUCUACUGGCUACUUCCAAUUAUUAUUUUCAAUGCUGGCUACUCCCUCAAACGAAAGGAUUUUUUUCGCAACUUCACGACGAUCAUGCUCUUCGCAGUGGCUGGAACGGUUGUCUCGGCUCUUGCUUAUGGCCUCCUUACUUACUUCCUCUACUUGGCCGGUGUCAUCAGGCACUUGAGUAAGGAAGCGCCAUUGCUCGACUCUCUAAUGUUUGGAGCUCUCAUAUCCGCGAUUGAUCCCGUCGCAACGCUGUCCAUAUUCCAAGACGUUCAUGCUCCUACAUUGCUGUACAACCUUGUUCUAGGCGAGAGCCUUGUCAACGAUGCUAGCGCGAUAGUUCUCUUCCGGACUUUUGAGUCUUUCCUGGAUAUAAAGUUCACUUUCUCGACCAUUGGUGUUGCCAUAGUGCAGUUUUGUGUCAUCAGCGUUGCCUCGACGGCUUUGGGCUUUGUGGUGUCGCUGUUGUGUGCACUGGUGCUGAAGUUCAUAGACUCCAAGAGUGAAUACGCCAAGUUCGAGCUGGCCUUCAUUCUCAUCUCGGCUUACGUAGCCUACGCCGUCGGCGAACUACUGUCACUCUCCGGCAUCAUGUCCCUUUUCUUCUGCGGCAUCUGCAACGCUCACUACGGCUACUACAACUCGUCACAGGCAUCGAAAAUCGGCUCGAGGUAUGCGCUAGAGGCUCUAUCUUUCCUGGCGGAGAUCUUCGUGUUUGGAUACUUGGGAAUGCAAGUUGUGCUGCUCGACCACAAGUUCGACACAGGACUCAUACUCUCAGCGAUCCCCCUGUGUCUAAUCUCGAGGGCCAUCAACAUCUUUCCACUCUCAUGGCUGGCAAACAAAGGACGGCGGUGGCCGAUAACAACACCCAUGAAAUCGAUGAUGUGGCUGUGCGGCCUCCGUGGCGCCGUCUCGUACGCUCUAGCCGUGAACAUACCGACGAAGAACCGCGCUAUCGAGACCACCACCUUGUUCAUCGUCGUCGUCACCACCCUGCUCUUCGGGAGCUCCACAGGUCCGAUGCUAAAACUCCUGGGACUCUCGUCGCCCCCGUCGAGCUCAAGGAUGACAAGUUUGCAAGCCCACGAGCUCAAGUACUCCCACGAAGAAGACGACUGGGGUCCUCGCUCCGUCCCACACGCCGUGUUCCGGUGGCUGGACCAGGGCUACAUCAAGCCGGUGUUUGGCGGCCGCAUGGACGAAGCGCUCGAGCCGUGGCUCCGCGAGAGGGCCGACGAUGCUGUCAGCGAGGAUGGCUUGAGCAGCGACGAUGAAUUCUCCAAGAGCCCGGAAGUGACGCUCAUGGACAUGCCUCCAGCGAUCAGCUAGCACGCAUCCGCGAGCUUGUAAAGUUUGAAAGCUCUAUAAAUUCCGUGAAUAUUCUUUCUCUAA